GAUCCUAGACACAUGAUACGUUUGCGGACUGAAGCAGCAAAAACAGAAGCUCCUCCUUUUCAGCACAUCUGGAGAAGUUAAAGAGCUGAAAAGAACAUACCAACAUCUGCUCCUAAGUGUUUUGUAUUACUGGACCAAUCUUACACUUCAGUGAAUUCCAUAAAAAAAUACAAGUGCAACUCCUCCACCCAACGCUGGACUGCUGGUUUCCUGAACACACCCUGCACUACAUUAACGCUGCGCAGAUCCAGGAGUUCAACUUCCAACUGUUCAUCACAUUUAAAGAGCGUACCUUCAAACUGCAGGAUGCCGUUAGGAGGAGGAAACAAGUGUGGUUGCUGUCAGAAGACUGUGUACUUUGCAGAGGAGGUACUCUGUGAUGGGAGGAGCUUCCACAAGUCCUGCUUCCUGUGCAUGGUGUGCAGGAAGAACUUGGACAGCACAACUGUUGCUGUUCAUACGGAUGAAGUGUACUGCAAAACAUGCUAUGGCAAGAAGUAUGGACCAAAGGGCUAUGGCUAUGGCCAGGGAGCAGGGACCCUGAACAUGGACAAGGGGGAGGCUCUGGGUAUUAAACAUGAAGAAGCUGCUCCGCAUCAGCCUACCACAAACCCAAACCCAUCUAAGAUGGCUCAGAAGUUUGGAGGAUCUGACAAGUGCCCUCGCUGCGGAAAAGUCGUCUAUGCUGCAGAGAAAGUUAUUGGAGCUGGAAGUUCGUGGCAUAAGAUUGGAUGUUUCACAUGUGCUCAGUGUGGGAAGAGCCUUGAGUCGACAACACUAUCUGACAAGGAUGGAGAAAUCUAUUGCAAAGGCUGUUACAGCAAAAACUUUGGUCCAAAGGGGUUCGGGUUCGGACAAGGAGCUGGAACGCUGUCACACACUCAGUAAAGACCACCGGCAACCAGUACUUCAAAGACGCUGCACUUACUUCCUGCAGGGGGCGCACUAAUAAUAGUAAACAUGCAUCUAAGUGACCUGUUUAAUCAAAGUAUGCAUCAUAUAAUAAAAAUUGUAACAUCACGUCAACUUCAUAGGGGCUAAAGCAAAUAUGAUUUGUGCUGUUACAGUUAAUUCUGACACAUUACACACCUUACAAACAGUGGGGAUAUACGGUUAUUUUACUUUUUGCUUCAUCUAAGUUUGGUCAUCUUCCUCUUACUGAUAGUCUGUCAUAAUGCCGCUUUUUAAACUGGCUUUUGUGCAUAUUGUACAAUGAUAAAUAAAACAGAGAAAAUGA